AUUUAAAAGCAGCUUUUUUCAUUGGAGUUUGGGCAUUUAUAUCGGGAUAAGAUGUGGGGUCGCUGAUGCAUGAAAGAUAGUCGCGAUCCUCUUCUACGCUUCCGGUUGUUGCUAGUCGGGCUACUGCUGGCAUUGCAGGCGCCGGGAGCUCAGCCUCCUAAUCUUCAUCUCUUCACCUCCUCAUCUUCUCUACUUCGCUGUCACAAUAACAAUACCCUAAGCACGACGGCAACCAAAACUACUUACAGUUAUCGCAGCACCGCUGGUAAGAUCAAUACCUCCGUCUUGAACAGAGAAUCUCAUCGCGUCAUGUCUAAGGCUCGUGUUUACACCGACGUUAAUGUUCUCCGCCCUAAGGAGUAUUGGGAUUACGAGUCUCUCACCGUUCAGUGGGGUGACCAGGAUGAUUAUGAGGUUGUUCGGAAAGUUGGAAGAGGAAAAUACAGUGAGGUUUUUGAAGGUAUAAACACCACCAGUAAUGAGCGGUGCAUCAUCAAGAUCCUCAAGCCUGUCAAGAAAAAGAAGAUAAAAAGGGAGAUAAAAAUACUACAAAACCUUUGUGGAGGCCCAAAUAUUGUGAAGCUGCUUGAUAUUGUCAGAGACCAGCAUUCCAAAACUCCUAGCUUAAUAUUUGAAUAUGUGAACAGCACAGAUUUCAAAAUUUUGUACCCCACACUGACGGAUUAUGACAUACGCUACUACAUAUAUGAGCUUCUCAAGGCGUUAGAUUACUGUCAUUCACAAGGUAUCAUGCAUAGAGAUGUCAAGCCCCACAAUGUUAUGAUAGAUCAUGAGCUGAGAAAACUUCGCCUGAUAGAUUGGGGUCUUGCUGAAUUCUACCAUCCUGGCAAGGAAUACAAUGUUCGUGUAGCCUCAAGAUACUUUAAGGGGCCUGAGCUCCUUGUUGAUUUGCAGGACUAUGACUAUUCCUUGGACAUGUGGAGUCUUGGUUGCAUGUUUGCAGGAAUGAUAUUUCGCAAGGAGCCAUUCUUUUAUGGCCAUGACAACCAUGACCAGCUUGUUAAAAUUGCCAAGGUACUUGGGACCGAUGAACUUAAUGCAUAUCUGAACAAAUACCGAUUAGAGCUUGAUCCUCAGCUUGAUGCUCUUGUUGGGAGGCACAGCAGGAAGCCCUGGUCCAAAUUUAUUAGUGCGGAUAAUCAGCACCUAGUUUCACCUGAGGCUAUUGAUUUUCUUGAUAAGCUCCUCCGCUAUGAUCAUCAGGAUAGGCUUACUGCAAGGGAAGCAAUGGCCCAUUCAUAUUUCUUUCAAGUGAGAGCUGCAGAAAGUAGCAGGAUGAGGACACAGUAACCCCCCUACCACUUGUGGGUACCUGAGUAAGAAUCUAAAAUUCAAUGGUGUGUUCUGUUGAGAUGUAGCAUGCUCUUAUGUACAUGCUCAAACUUAAUGACUAGCUGCCUUUGUUCAGCUCGAGAGCAGUUGCUCAUGAAUUUGUUGUAUGAUCUCAAACCUUCCCCUUGUUGAUAGAGAGGUUACAUCUUGUAUUUGUGCUUAUGAUUUUCACAUAUUUUAUAUUCUUUCUAUUUCUUUUUGCCAUCAUAACUACAAUUCAAGUGUUUCUUU